UAUAGCCGAGAUGUUCCCUUACAGGUUAUGCUAAGUAAUAGCUAAUUUCAUAAAAAUAAUUUGAUUUUCCAAAUAAUGUUUUUUUUUCUGAUGGAGAUAACAUAUUUUGAUUUUUGGAAUAAAAGUUGACUAUGGUCCAUACAUUUUUACUCUAAAAGUCUCAAAACAUUUUGUGGAUGCAUGUAUUUCAAAUCGAAUGGUCCAUUGGAAUUUAUGUGGAAAGUGUUAAGGACAAAUAGUACAAUUCAUUUAUGCGAAACCAACCGAAUUCAAGUCAUAGCGCCCCCACGGCCCCACCUUUAGUGUUUCCUCUUCUUAAAGAGAGGCAGUGAAUCAUACAACAUAACACAUUACUUACAACACAAACUGAAAAAAAAGGAGAGAUAUCAUGACUCGAAGCCACUGUUAUUGCUUUUCUGGUAUUAUAAUCUCCCUCCUAAUCCACACUCUUGCUUCUCCUCCACUCCACUUUUGCCUACCAGACCAGAGAGAUGCUCUUUUGGAAUUCAAAGACGAGUUUCCUACUGAUGAGUCUGACCCAAUUCCAUGGAACAAGAGCAGUAGUACUGAUUGCUGUUUUUGGAAGGGUGUCACGUGCGAUGAUAGAUCUGGCCAGGUUAUAUCACUUAACCUCUUUGAUACCUUGCUCAACGGCUCUCUGAAAACCAACAGUAGCCUUUUUAGACUCCAAUACCUUCGACACUUAAACUUUAGUUAUUCCUACCUCCAAGGAGAGAUUCCUUCUUCACUAGGAAACCUAUCUCGUCUCACACUAGUUGACCUUUCUCACAAUGAUCUGGUAGGUGAUAUUCCUGUUUCAAUAGGCAAUCUAAAGAGGCUAAGACACGUUAACCUUGGGGGUAACACUCUUAGUGGAACAAUCCCAAGUUCAAUAGGCAAUCUAAACGAGCUCAGAUACCUUAGCCUUGGGAUCAACCAGCUCAUAGGAGAGAUUCCUUCCUCAAUAGGAAACCUUUCUUAUCUCUUCUACCUUCAACUUUCCACUAAUAGUUUGGUAGGUCAAGUUCCGGCUUCCAUCGGAAACCUUAACAAACUACAAGUCAUGUCACUUGGCCAAAACAACUUAAACGGCACUAUUCCUAUUUCAUUCACCAACUUAACCAAGCUUUAUCAUAUCAGCCUCCGCUCUAAUAACUUCACAUCCACGCUUCCAUCUGACAUGAGUGGAUUUCACAGCUUGGAGCAUUUUGAUGUUAGUAAUAACUCAUUUUUUGGACCUUUCCCUAAAUCCUUAUUCUCUCUUCCUUCCUUACAAACUGUUUCUUUGGAGGGAAACCAAUUCACAGGACCUAUAGAGUUUACUAAUACAUCUUUUUCUUCAUCAUUGUCUAAGCUAGAGGAUUUAUUCCUUGCUAGUAACAAAUUCGAUGGCCUAAUCCCACAAUCCAUAUCAAAGUUUCUCAACCUCCAAACAUUAUAUCUUCAAAACAACAAUUUCACUGGGACAAUCCCUAGGUCUAUAUCAAAGCUAGCCAACCUCAAUGUACUUGAUCUUUCUAACAACAUGUUGGAAGGUGAAGUACCCUCUUGCUUAUGGAGAUUGACAACAGUGACGCUUUCUCGCAAUUUUUUCAGCAGCUUUGAAAACCCUUUACAAGAAACACUCAUCCAAGCGUUGGAUCUGAACUCAAACUCAUUUCGCGGACCAUUCCCUCGUUGGAUAUGCAAGACUAGAGGGUUGAGCUUCUUGGAUUUGUCCAACAAUCUCUUCAACGGCUCGUUUCCUCCAUGUUUAAGGAACUCCAUUGAUUCUCUUACGGACUUGAUUCUGCGUAACAACAGUUUCAGUGGAACUCUUCCAGAUAUAUUUGCUAAUGCUACCGAGCUACGAUCAUUCGACGUUAGUCGAAACCAGCUUGAAGGAAAGCUUCCAAAGUCAUUGAUCAACUGCAAAGCUCUUCAACUUGUAAACGUGGAAAGCAACAGAAUCAAGGACGUGUUUCCAUCAUGGUUGGGAUCACUGCCAUCAUUACACGUUCUCAUCCUAAGAUCAAACGAGUUCUAUGGACCGUUGUAUCAUCUCAACGUGUCCGUUGGGUUUCAGAGUUUAAGAGUCAUCGAUAUUUCACACAAUGACUUCACUGGAACUCUCCCACCUCACUGGUUCUCCAACUGGCGUGAGAUGACCAAAAUGAGGGAAGAAGAUGAUCCUUACAUGGCUGAUAUCAUUAACGAUUCUGUCUUUUAUCGUAAUACGAUGGUUAUGGUGAUUAAAGGAGUAGAGACGAGCUUUGAGCGGAUCCAACAAGACUUCAGAGCCAUUGAUUUUUCAGGAAACAUGAUUUACGGCGAGAUCCCUGAAUCUUUGUGCUAUUUGAAGGAGUUGCAUCUUCUCAACUUGUCAGGUAACGGCUUCACCAGCGAUAUCCCACGAUCCUUGGCGAAUCUGACGAAGCUCGAGACGUUGGACCUGUCGUGUAAUAAGUUGUCAGGUCAAAUCCCUCAAAGUCUUGGCGAGCUCUCCUCUCUGUCGUACAUGAACUUCUCUAGCAACUUUCUUGAAGGUCCAGUGCCAAGAGGCACGCAGUUUCAAAGACAAAGCUGUUCUUCGUUCUCCGACAUCCCAAGACUCUUUGGUCUCGAAGAAAUCUGUGGAAAACGCCUCUUGCUUCCUGCAAGACAACAACCGGAGGAAGUGUUAGAGGAGGAGGAACAUAUGUUCAACUGGGUAGCAGCUGCAAUAGCCUACGGACCUGGUCUGUUUUGUGGAUUGGUGAUCGGACAUAUCUUUACUUCAUGCUAUCAUAAAAGUUGGUCGAAGAAAACUCAGAGUAACAAUAAGUAAGAUCUUCAUCUUUUGUUGCAGUAGCUCUAAGCAUUUGUUGUAAUUUUUUAUGUGUUUUGUAACUUUUCUAUUUUGAUGGGUUUUGUAGUAGUAGAAAGACCUCUUUCGUGUCUUUGGUUAACAAUGUAUGCGAGAACUUCUUCCUACUCAAAUCUUCAACUUGUGGUAUGAUCCCCUUGAUGCUUGGUA